CCUAAAUAGAGCGUGAUAUGAGUUUAGGGUUGUCACAGGAUGGAUGAUAAUAUCAUUAGGCUUAUGCCAAAGAAAGAAUAUGUUUCUGCUUAUUCUGAAUACAUGAAAGAAAACUCUGGAACUAACUUGUCUUCAUCCGCCAUUGCUGGUAUCGUUAUAGGAGUAAUCUUUGGUAUUAUAUUAAUUAUUCUACUUGGUAUAUUAAUUUACUAUUGUCGUCUACGAUAUUCACGUUAUCAAUCUGCUUAUGAUACAGAUGAAGCACUUGGAAAUCAUUUUCAAUCCGCUGAACAUGCAUUACAACAAAAAUAUCAUAAUCAUCCUGAUGUUAAAGCAGAAUUGUAUAUAUAAUAAUUAUAAUUAUUCUUUAUGUAUAGAUUCACGAUAAUAAAUAAAUUAGUUUGUUUUUAAACAACAACAAAAAUGGAUCAAUUAAUUAAUCAAUAAUUGUACAUUGUACAUUGAUAUGUAAAAUAUAUUGAUAUAAAUAAGUAUAUGAAAUGAGUUUAAAAAUUUGAAAAAUCACACACAUACACACACACACAUAUGCCCACACACACACACACGCCCACAUACAUACAUAAACAUACGAUGUAUAGGUGAUGAAUACGUUUGACAUUUAAAACGAAAAGAAAAAAAACAACAAUUCUUAUGAUUAUUUCUUUUUCUCAAUGUUUAUGUACAAAUUUAAUUUCUCCUUUUUUCUCAUUAUUGAUAUAUAUAUAUAUAU